ACAUCACCUCCAAUGCCCACCCUCCUUAUCGGUCAAUCUUUGAAGGACAUGAAACAAAAAGGAAAAAAUAUAAAAUGGCAAAUUGCUGGAAUUUACAGUUAACCCUAAGGAAGGUAAACUAUUUACGGGUUUUACCAAGUUUAACCGGAGAGAAAACCGAAUCGAAUUGAAAUACGAACCAAAGAUCAUAAAUUAGACUUAACCGUUCCCAAUCCAACUUAAACCCUCCGAUCCAAUCUCGAUUUUAACCAUCUCGAACCCGAAUCCAAAUAACCACUCAAUUUCGAUUUAAACCAAGUCUCCCCUUUAUUUCCAUUUCCCCUCUCUCUCGGGAUCCCCUCUCUCUCAACGGUUUCCCCCAAAUUCGAAAACGUAACCCUAGAACAUCCCACUCCCCUUCGAUUCCUUCGAUUUCCCUUCGAUUAUUCACCGAAAACGUGUGAAUCAUGGUUGAAACUAGGCUGGGUAAGAGAAAGGAUAGGCCUCCUCCAACGGCUCCUCCUCCGCAAAAGAGCGGGACCUCGAAGAACUCGAAGAAGAACAAACCGAAGAAGAGUUCCAAGAAGAGAAAAACGACGGAUGAGGAAUCACCGGCGGUUGAUUUUGUUGGAACCGUGGGAGUUGCGGAGGAGAAUGAAGUAGAAGAACCGGCUAAGGAUGUAGAAGAUCGGGAGAAAGAGAAAGAAGAAUCGGAGAAGGAGAAAGAAAGGGAAGAAGAAAAUGGAGACGAAGAUGAAGAGGAAGAAGAAAAUAGCGAUGAAUCUCAAGAAGAGAAAGACGAAAAUGGAGACAAAGAUGAAGAGGAAGAAGGAAAUAGCGAUGAAUCUCAAGAAGAGAAAGACGAAAAUGGAGACAAAGAUGAAGAGGAAGAAGGAAAUAGCGAUGAAGAAGUAGAGAACAAAGAUGAAGAAAAAAUCCAAGAGGAGGAAGACACCGGAGAAGAAGAGAACGGGACUCCCGAAGAGAACAGAGGUCAAAAUGAAAAUGAAAAUCAAGAACAAGGAGAACCCCCAUUGGAAGCGGAAUUAGGAAAUGUUGAUGGUGAUGGUGAAGGGGUUCUCGGGCAAGGAGAAGAGGAAUUAGAGGCAACCGAGGCAAUCAAACCGUUGAGGAUGUACUUCUAUGAGUCGGAGUACAAGAAACAAAUAAAGCUAGCGACCAAAUGUUUCGUCAAAGACGUUAUGGUUACAUUUGACAAUCUGGAACCGCCGAUGAGUGAUACUGAGAGGAAGUGGUUUGAGAAGCAUCCACAAUUCUGUCACGUGUUCCACCUGGAGAAAGACUCAAACCACAUGGUCCAAGGAAUGUGGAUGUUGCUAUUGCGGACAGUGGAUAGCUCGAAGAGGAAGGAAGUGUGGUUCAUUGUGAAUGGUGUUCCCAUCCGCUAUGGCCUGAGAGAACACGCUUUGAUCUCAGGUCUUAGCUGCCGCAACUAUCCACUUGGGUAUAAGGAGUUUGGUGAUAGAAAGUUCGUGAAGCGCCAUUUCAAGAAGGGAGAAUCAAUAAGGCUUGAGGAUGUCAAAGCGAAGCUGUUGGCUAUGGGAGAACACAGAGACCGGCUGAAGAUGAUGGUUUUGUUCUUUUUAGGAAGUGUUAUCUGUGCGCAAACGAAAGUAGGAAAAGGCGCCAGAGAUGUUUUGGAAUUCUUCCAAAGAGCUGUGGACGAUCUCGAGUUCUGCGAAAACUUUCCAUGGGGGAGGUACUCGUUUGAUUACAUGGUUAAGGAGAUAUCGCACACCAUAGAUCAUUUUGGAGGCCGGGUUAGAGAGAAGACUUUAUGGCCACUUCCAGGUUUCUGUCUGCCACUGGAGUUGCUUGCUUUUGAGGCAAUUCCCAAGUUGGGAUUGAAGUUCAGAAAAGAGGUUGAAGACGUCGAUGUAGACUGUCCUAGGAUGUGCAGAUCAGUCUUUAAAUCAGCAGGGAUGAAAGGGUUUUCACUUUCAAAAUUGAAUCGGGAACUGGACAAACUGGACAAAAUAACGUCACGGGAUAUCCACAGCAUCCUUCCUACCAAGACAGAAGAAGAAGUAGCUCUUUUGGAAGAGAUGACUGAAGAGGAGGACGACGUUGAUGUCGAUGAUAUUUCUGUUGACAGUUGGAUAAAGCGUCUUGCGGAAGGACAUUCAGUCUUUUUUGAAGAGAUGUAUGAUGUAGACGUUGCUGCGCGUGAUCCAAAUGCACAAGAGGCUGUCGACGAAGAUCAGGAUGACGAAGAAGGUGGAGAGGAAGGAGGCGCAAGCCAGAAGAAGAUGAUGGAGGAGUUGAUCAAACAAGUGAAAAUGUUUGGCACUCAGCUAAAGAGAGUUAAGAAGACAAUGGACAAGUUUGAGGAAAGGAUGGUGGUUCCGUUUGAGGCGUUUAUGAAGAAAGCUAUGGAUGAAGGGCAAGGAAGCAGGGAGUGAAGAACUCGGUUAUGUAUUUUGUAAACUCGGUUAUGUAUUUUGUGGGAAGUUGGACCCAUUAUUUUGUUGUUGUGUGGAUGUUGGAAACCUAUUGACUUAUUAGGUAUGUUGGAUGGAACUUGUUCUUGUUAUCAUGGAUGUUGCAAUCUUGUUAUCAUGGAAGUUCUUAUGAUUAUUUUUUGAAUGUGCCUCUUAAGGAAAACUAAGAAAAGUAGGAUAACUUAAUGAAAACUAGGACAACUAGGAGAACUUGUAGAACUUAAUGAAAACUAGGAAAACUAGAAAUACUAGGAAAACUAAUUCUUCAACACCACACUUAAACUAAGCAUACAAUUCUUCAAACUUCCUAACAAUGUCAUCUUCUUCAUUUUCGUCAUUCCCGCCCCCGCCCUUCCCUGUCUUCUUCUUCUCCAAGUGACUUUUCAUUUCAGAAAUGGUCUUCUGUAAUUGCUCAAUCACUUUAUCCUUCUCCUGGAUUUCAUCACGGGCUUGAAGCAAUGCUCUCCUUUGCCAUUCUGUACCAACCUCUUCAUCGAACCAAGAGAAGUAAUUGCAUUCAUUUCCAAGCUGCAAUAAGGUCAAAAUUCAAACCCAAUUCAAAUUCAGAUUCCAUUAUAUCCAGAUUCCAUCAUAUAUUCAUACCUUAAAACGCGGACAGCCAUAAAAGUGUCGACCAGGAUUUUUCUCAGUCCAAGCUUGCCUUAUUUUCGCCGGCAAGCCACAGUGACACAACCUCAGACAAGAAAAUCGGCGGCGGCUCCUUUGCGAUAAAGACGAACCCGAACCCGAACCCACUUCCAUCUUCACUUUUUCCAUCUCACUUGCUCGGCGAGGGGGGAAGAGAAUUCGAUUCUCAAAAUAGAGAAGAGAGACGAGAGAGGGAGAGAGACACGGGAGAGAGGGGGGGAAGAGGAAAUGGGGGGAGAAAUAGAGAGAAAGAGAGAGGGAGAGAUGAAAAAGGGAUAAAAAGUCAAACUGAAAGUACUUGAAAGGCUUUGGGAGGGGAGUAAAUUUGUGUGGUUGAGAUAAUUGCCCAAAAAAAAUUUGUUCAUAGUUAUACCCAAGAUACUAGUAUUCCCAACUUUGGUCAUAGUUAUAUUUUUGUCGGUUUCUAAUUUAUUUAGUGUUACUAAUCUAUUAAAAUUGGUUAUCUAGUUUUACCUUCAAUAUUACUAGUUUAAAUUGUUAUAUAUAUAGUUCCGUGCAAUUAUAUUUAGCGAAUAGAUAUAACUCGAAAGUUUCGUUUGUAAGAUGUCUUUGGCCAACAAAGUGUUAUUGGAAUUACAAGGUCUCGUAAGGGAUA